AUGGUGUCACACACACAACUCGUCAAUACUGUGGGUCCGGCGAUCUUCGUCGUUAUUGUGCAUGUUGUCUUUGUCUACUCCAAGACUUUGCGGGGUGUCAAAUUCUGCUUGUGCGUUCCUCCUCUUCCUUCUGCUACUCAGCAAGGGAGAAGGCUGUCGGCUGCGCCAACAAAACCAUAUGUCGCUCAAAAGCUUGCUCUCUGCGAAUGCGAUUCUGGGACGAGGCCUCUCCCUCAUGUCCUCGGUAUUCUUUCUAUGACCGGUUACAAUCUUGGACACGAAGGCGUUAACUUGCCACCCGUUGCCCGUCGCCCACUCGUCAUCAAGCGCUUCUCCCUUGCGACCCUAGAACCUCAUCCAUCUUGGUCCCUUCAUCACUCUCAUUCUGCCGCCCGACUUUUCGACGUUGGGCAACCUGCGCCCACCGAGUCACUUGGCUACUACACCCGUACCCACAGCUUGAUUUGCCCCCUUGUCCUUCGCUACGUGGAUUCCGACGGCUCACCAACUCCAAGGAGAAGAAGAAAACGACGACAGCACGGCCGAGACCCAAGAUCUGAUGUCCCUGACUGGGAUAGUUCUCCCUCCACUACCAUGCGCCUUCGCCCUGCCCCCAGCAUCGUUGCCCCAGCCAGCCUCAUCUGCUCCGACUCGGUCGCUCAAUUCCUCCUCCCUGCCCGGGCGCGCCCUCCAUCUUGGAUCCUUUUUCUCCCAUCCAGGUUGGUUUCGCGGGCACCUUCGCUUGGGCCCCCUUUUCCAACCGUGUUGCGAGCCAGUGGGCCAGUUCUGGGUCUGGCUCGUAGGGUUCGGCUUGUGUCUCCGCCGCAGCUUCCACCGACAGGUGCUGGACCACGACGCCCGCGUACAAGGCUCAAUUUCGUUGUGGUGGAAGAUGGUUACGGUUGUCAGGGAUGGGUACCUACAAUGGCGAAAGCACUUGAUGGAAUGUUGGGCUACAGACUGGUUGAUGAUGGGUUUAAGUUCUCUUUGCAUUCGAUCAGGUUAAUUCUAAUGUCCGAUGUGUGCUUAUUGCUCGCCGAACCGGGCGCCCUCGCCCAUCUCGUUGUGACGACUGCCUGA